UGUAUGCGAGCGGGUGGAAUUUCGAGCCUACUUCUACCAUUUAGAGCCGUAAUAUGCGACUCUCACAGUCUGUUACCAUCUGUCGACAUUCUAGAGAUCUGGGUCAUGGGAGGGGCAAGCAAACUGCUAAUGAGCUACGCCCCUGGAUUUGUAACGUCGGAAUAUACGGGAGAUUCAAUAGACAUGGCUAGCCUACCUCUAAAUUUCAGGAAAAUUGUGGUUUCCGCUCUUAGUUCUAACUUCAGAGAAGCUACCAAACUUGUAAAUGUCUCUAUGUUACAACCACGAGAAGGAGAACUGCUGAUAAAGAACAGAUAUGUUGGCAUUAAUGCUUCUGAUGUCAACUUCUCAGCAGGUCGCUAUGGUCCAGUCAACCAACUACCAAUAGAUAUAGGGUUUGAGGGAGUGGGAGAAGUUGUUGCAAGAGGUGGUGGCUGUGAACACUUUCAGAUUGGAUCUGCUGUGGCAUUUAUGUCUGGUCAUGCUUUCAGCGAGUAUAUGUUGUUGCCAGUCAAGUACGCCAUUUUACUUCCUGAGGUACAACCUGAGUAUGUCUCUUUGCUUGCUAGCGGAUUAACAGCUGCAAUUAGUUUGGAGAAGAUUGGGGAAAUCAAGGCUGGCGAGAAUAUUCUUGUCACAGCUGCAGCUGGAGGAACAGGGCAAUUUGCUGGAAGCAUGUGACUCUUAGCCGAAGCCAAGAAGAUGCAAUUCUUUUGAAUGGUUGAAAACUUUCUUGAUCUGUUGCCACAUAGACACAUGAUGGAUGCUCUCAGCAAAGCAAAGGAAAUUUGACACUGGAUCCAAGACUACCACUACUGCUGCUGUUACUGCUACUGCUUCUGCCCCCAGCGCCACUGCCACCAACACCACCGCCACUACUACUGAGAGAACUGGUGUAUUUGAACAAUCAAACGGCAUCUGCUAACACACUACUACUACUACUACUUGAAUAAACUACUACUACUACUACUACUACUAAUAAUAAAAUCUCUACUACUUUUUUCAAAAUACUACUACUGUAUGUAAAAGCUUCCUCUAUAGCAACAAGUUUCUAGGUUGUAACAACUUUGAGAUAAACAGUC